GAACAGAGCAUGAGACUGUGUAAACUCUAAGAAUCGAGAAGGAGAGAGAAAGAGAGAGAGAGAGAGUUCUCGGAAGUUUUCGUUUGUGUGCGAUACGUAGGCUGCGUCAUUUCAACGUUAUGUACUGAGAAAAGUCCAUGAUACUCCGUCAUUCACGAAUCAUAACGGCAUUGUUUGAAGAUAUUUUUAACAAUAAUUCAAAUAAAAUGAUUGGUAUAAUCAAACACAGAGACUUGGGAAAUGAUACAAACUUAAAAUCUUCAGGAAAUGCACAUUUAACACCAUCAGUUUCUGUAACACCUGAUAUAUGUCAUGAUGAAGCAGAUAAUAUUGAUUACCAUUUUGAAGCAGCAAGACUUCAGAGUUUUGAAAAUUGGCCUGUAACAUACAUUGAACCUGAAAAGCUUGCAGCUGCAGGAUUUUAUUAUACCGGUGAAAGUGACAAAGUGAAAUGUUUCGAAUGUGAAGUUGAGAUAUGUAAAUGGGUAGAAGGUGAUAUACCCAUGGUCGAUCAUCAGAGAUGGUCUGCAAGGUGUAGAUUUAUUCGUAAACUGAACUGUGGUAAUGUACCCAUUGGAGUAGAUCCUGGUACGGUGAUACCACCAAGACCAAGAAGUAGAGAUGUAUGUAGUCCUUAUGGUUUAGAAUAUCGACCUACAUCUGGUCCCGAUGACCAUAAUUUUUCAAUGGAAUUACAACUAGCAAGCACAGCUAAACUUGGCUGUUUAGGUCUGGGAAGGACUAAGGGGCCAGUACAUCCAGAAUAUGCUAGUUAUGAUGCUAGGUUACGCACAUUUGUAACAUGGCCUAAAUCUAUGCCACAAACAAAAGAACAAUUAGCCGAUGCGGGCUUUUUUUAUACUGGGAAAGGUGACCAAACCUUGUGUUACCACUGUGGAGGUGGUUUAAAAGAUUGGGAACCAGAAGAUGAUCCUUGGGAGCAACACGCAAAGUGGUUUUCUAAAUGCUGUUAUUUAUUAAUCGUACAAGGGCAAGAUUAUGUAAAUAAAAUAACAGGCCAGCAUAUAUCUCCACCUUCUAAAGAAGAAACAAUGCAGAUGAAUCUACCCAGUUUUAUUAAGAAAGUACAAUCUACCAGUGUAGAAGUAGAAAGGAAAGAAGAGACAGAAAGCAAUCCAGGAUCAAGUUCUCAAAAUAAUGAUAUUUGGGGUAUUGCCAGCAAUACAGAACCCAUAAAAAGAAGUUUAGAAUCCGAGCCAGCAGAAAAUCCAUCAAAUAUAAAAACACAAAAUACCAAACCUACUGAUGAUGCAAGAAUGUGCAAAAUCUGUUAUAACGGAGAAUUAGGAGUGGUAUUUUUACCAUGUGGACAUAUGGUUGCUUGUGUAAAAUGUGCUCCUGGCAUGACAACUUGUGCAGUAUGUAGAGAACCUGUUACGAUGACUGUACGAGCUUUCAUCCCAUAGUAUUCCAUACAUAUUCAUAGUAUUACUACAAUUAUAGAUAAAAAUACAUUGCAUACAUGGAUGAUAUAUUUAUGGUGAUUCUGUCCUUCGAAUUUUACUUUUAAGUGUUUUUUCGAACCACCAGAAGCAGCAUUAAAAAUAAGCAUAAUACAACUAAGAAUAAAUCGAGUUGCAGGUGUGCUGGUUGGAAAACGACUGGGACUCGGAUUCGUACCUGUUGAUCUCUCGGUUACGAACCCAAGCCCCAGUUAACCGAGCCAGCGCAGCUCGAUAGUAUCUGUAUACAUCCUGAUAAUGAAUAAUUUCGCCUUCCCGCAAUGCUUCGAGACAACUCGAAAAAGCGAAAGAAAUCAAAUUGCAACAAAAAAAUGCGCCAGUUUCGAGAGCAAUAAAGCAAAAGAAGCAAAAGCCAAGUCGUCGCCAUGAGUGUACGUUAGACUUUCUCAAUUCUUCACAUCAAUGUAUAAAGAAAUUCAUUUUUAACAUGUAUCACGAUUGAAAAAUAUUUAUCACUUAUCAUAGCAACUGUAAGUAUUUGGUAUAGGGGGUUAAAGGAUUAGAAAAUAAAAUAGAAUAUGAAAUGCAUUACAAUCUUGCAUUUUUAUUAAAUUUCUCUAGUUAAAUAUUAAUUUUUUGAAGACAGUUGAAAGUAAAGUGCAAAGCGCGGAAUUAUUACAAAUAUAUUUCCUGUAUGUAACAGAUCUUCAUCUACAAUUGUUCCAUUCAUUUACAUUGCAAUUUCUACUUCAUGCGUUAAAUAAAGUAAAUAAUUUAUGUGAACCUAAAAUAAUACAAUAAAAAUUAGUGUAUGUAAAAAACAAUUUCGGUAUUUAAAAAUACAAUUACGAAUGAAAAGUA